AAAACAGACUGCAGGAAUCAGAUACUAUGAGGAUUAUAAAAAGAUGUUACCAAUCUGCAUCAUUCCACAAAAAUCUCCAUGUUCUUUUGAAGUUUUGUGUAUGCCCACUUUCAAACACCUCUUACUCUGUACAGAAAACUCUUCGUAAAGGUAUGAAAGACAUUGCCAAUAAAAAGAGUUCAACUUCACUAGACCUCAGCACUGUGCAGUGCAUUCACACACAGAGUAAGAAUGAAAUGGAACCUUGGGAAGCAAUGGUUGAUUACUCAAAGUUAUCUCCCUUGGAAUUAAAAAUUCAUCAAAGACAUGUGGCAGCUAACAGAGCUGGAAAGCUCUUCUAUGUAGAUCCACAAACUGGAUAUCAAGUAAUGACCAGACUGUCUCACUUACAGCGUGGAGAAUGUUGUGGAAAUGAAUGCCGACAUUGUCCAUAUGGCAGGAAGAAUGUUCCAGAUGACAAGAGAAGAAAAAAAUUCAACUCUGCUUUCUAUGUUUGAUAAACAUUCCUAUAUAGAAAUACUCUUUGAUGCCUCAGAAAUAUUAAAAAUAAAA